UGGCGGAUUCGGACCAAUGAGCUUCGAGAGCUCAAUAAGACGUCACGUUGUCUGAUUUUGUGCGCGAGGCUCCUCAUUUGGCGGGUCGAGUUCAAGAAAUCAACUCGGUCGCACCACUUUUUCCGUUUGGGGUUCUUCAAACGCUGCCGGGGCAACCUCUCAGCUGAAAUGGACAACAUUGCAGACAUCCAAGUCAAGGAGCUGAACCAGCGUGCGUCGGGUCACGCGUUUGAGCUCAUCCUGCGACCCACCUCUCCUGAUGCAAAAGCGCCGUUUCUGCAGUCCCCCGUCCAAAAGAAGGAAACGUCGCUGGAGGAGAUUAUGAAGAAGCUGGAGGCUGCAGACGAGAGACGCAAGAGCCAUGAGGCCGAAUUGCUGAAAAACCUGGCGGAGAAACGAGAGCAUGAGAGGGAAGUGCUCCAAAGAGCCAUUGACGAAUGCUGCAACUUUAGCAAGAACACACAAGAGAAACUUGCGCAGAAAAUGCUGGCUGCAGAAGAGAGACACAAGAUCCACCAAGCUGAAGUGCUGAAAAGUCUGAACGAGAAACGAGAGCACGAGCAGGAAGUCCUCCGGAGAGUCAUUGACGAAGGCUCCAACUUCAGCAAGUCCACUCAGGAGAAGCUCACUCAGAAGCUGCUGGCCGCGGAAGAGCGAUACAAGAGCCACGAGGCCGAAGUGCUGAAGCAGUUGGCCGAGAAACGAGAGCACGAGCGAGAAGUGCUCCAGAGGGUCAUGGAUGAAUGUUGCAACUUCAUGAGGACCACUCAGGAGAAGCUGAAUCAGAAGAUGGAGGCAAAGAAAGACAACCGCGAAGCGCGAUUGGCUGCCCUCGAUAAGAAACUCAAGGAUAAGGAUAAGAAGAUUGAGGAGCUGAAGAAGACAAGGGCCUGAAGAUGGAAAGAGAAACGACCUAUUCCUACAGCUCGAAGCCAAUGGUUGCUUUACGUUUACUGUGCUAGUUCCAGCAUAAGCUUUAGUGCCUUUCUCACAAAUAUUCCUGUUGGCAGCUGAUAACACUGUAGUGUUAGUGUUUGUGGUGGUGGUGGUGGUGGUAACUGUUUUUCUAUAUUUGCCCGUUCCAGUUGUUAUACUGGUCCGAAAAUAUUCAGCACUUCUGACACGUUUGUUCAUAGUUGCAGGUACUGUUCUUUUCCUUCUUUGCCUUUAUUGACCCUGUUUGUAUUCGUUCACUACGACAAGUAAACUUGACGUGGAUAAUA